UUUGUAUACAUAUGUACAUUCGUACAUUUAUGAGCUGUCAUGUGAAUGAGUUCUCGAGUUUUACAUGAACCGUGUCAGUUAUCACCAGUUUUUCAUUUAUCUUCUCCAUUUAUAAGAAAUUGUCGAUAUGAAUUGGUCAUCAGAAUGUUAGUAGUGCACAUUGAGGAAAGUGAAUCGAUGUGCGCAGUUACAAAUUUAACGACGUUUCCACGGCGCUGGCGCUUUUGAUUUCCCGGGGAAUCGGGACUCUCCGGGUCUCGAUCAGCUUUUCCUCUCAAUUCUCAAUAUUUUCGAGCGCGCAUCAGUUACGUUCUGUCACUGCAACAAGUGAAAACCCCCUCUUUUUUUGUUUUGGGGCAGAAAAAUAUAUAUAAUCGCGAUAUAUCUGCGACAUAUUUUUUCGUGAGGAUUCAUAUAAUAAAUUUUAAAUUAAAACUUGAAAUUGCAAACAAAAAGUGCUAAACGAAAAGGAAAUAAGGAAAGUUCUGUUUUGAAAUAUAGAAAAUAAAAGAAGAAAAGGAAGAAGAAGAAAAAGAAGAAAGGAGAAUAUAAAAAAAUGAGUGUUGACGAUAUCCUUAAUUAUACACCUGAUGAGAAUGAAGAUCUUUACGCGAUUCUAGGAUGCGAUGAAUCUGCAACGGUUGAGCAGAUCACUGCCGAGUACAAGGCUUUGGCUCUUCAGUAUCAUCCCGAUAAAAAUGAGGGGAACAAGGAGGCGGAGGCCAAGUUUCAACAACUUAAAAAUGCCAAGGAGAUAUUAUGUGACCCUGAAAAAAGGAGCAAUUACGACAAAUGGCGACACAGUGGGAUCUCGAUUACUUAUAAAAAGUGGCUUGGAAUGAAGGAGUCAGUUCACCAGUCUAUGCACUGGAGCACACCAAAGACGAAGGACAGGAUGUUGCCGGAUAGCGCAAGUGCUGGUGGUCCUCCAAAUUUCUUGAGGAGUCAACCGAUGAACGCUCACAGACGAGCAUCAGAAGGAGGCGCAAAUAUUCACUAUGGCGCACGCAAAGAUGUCAAUUGGGAAUCACAACCUCCAAGUGAGGUUGUCAAUAAAUUUCGCAAUUACGAAAUUUAAAAUCCCAACGAACCGAACCGAGAAUAUAUAUUGAAGAGUGUUGCAUUUCUAAAUGGCCCAUUAUAUUCGAUGACUGCAAAAAACAUGGAAAACAAACAAUUUCAAGCGAAUAUAUAAUAUACGAUGAGAGAUCGAGGGUAAGGAGUGUUAUUAUAUCAAAUAAAUUCAAAUCGCUUUCUCGCCACUGUCCAACAAAUUUCCAAUCGUCAAUUCGUUUUUCAAAAAAACCAGAAUAUAAUAAAAAAAAUAAAAAUACUUUUAAGACAAGAAAAAAAUUAUUAAAUUUUUAAAGUCUUUAGCAAUUAUAUUUAUUAUUAUUUCAAUUUUUUUUAAUAAUAUUCAAUAUUGUACAAUUUUUAUUAAUUUUAUAUGUUACCUUUGGAAAAAUUGAGACAAUUUAAAAAUUUGAUAACCUUUUGUUGAAUUUUUCAAUAAAACAUAUUGGAAUCGAUUGUAUGAAUGAAAGAGAGAAUUGAAAGGGACCAGAAAUCGAGAAAUGACUCCAAAUGAAAAAAAAGAAAACAGAAAAAAAUGAAGAGAUUAUAUUUAUCAAGAAGCUUAUAGAAAACUCACGUGAGUAAUUAAGAUUUAUAUAGUACACAAUAUUGAACGAGAGCAACAAAAAAAAAUAUAUAAACAAUUAUUUUUGUUGUUAUAUAGUUUAUAAAAAAAAAUAUAAAAUACCGUUGGACAGUGCUCAUUCUUAUCAAGAAUGUGAAUAAAUGAAAAAUAAUUGAAUUUACUUAUUUCUAAAAAUGCUUUUAUGCAGAAAAAAAAAAUUUUCCUCGAAAAAUCAAAAGCAAGCGUAAAAUCACUUAGUUUUCUUUUAUUCACAAAAAAAAGCAAUUUUGAAAAAACGUGAAUAAUUUUCUUCGAAUCGUCAUACAAAUAAAAGAAGAAUUUAAACAAAUUACACGUUUUUUCGCCCAAAUUUAAAUUGUAAGUGUAUAAGUCUAUAUUUGUUAAGAUAUACUAUAUUGUCGUUCCAUGAAAAGAAUAAAAAAAGUGUUGCCCGUUAUACGGCGGAGGACUCAAGACUUGGUCAAAGAAAUAUUUUUUAUAUAAAAAUUUUUCAAAUUCAAAAAUGUAUCAAGAAACAACACUUUUUUCUCGUGACUAUUAAAUUUUUGAAUUUUUUUAUUCAAUUGAGGAGCAGGCUGAACAAAUUUUACAAUCAUAUCAAUAACAGGCCUCGGACUACAUACGACAUUUUAAAUAUUAUUUGAAUUAGCAACAAUUCGCGCGCUAAAUUUUUACUUCAAUUUUGAAAUAAAAUCAGAAAUUUAAAAAUACCUAGAAUUUAAAAAUUUUUAAUUCAAAUUUU